GCCAAGCUCCGGUGGGCAGAAAAAAUGUCUACCCGCUAUCACCAAGCAGCGAGUGACAGCUACCUGGAACUUCUGAAGGAGGCCACCAAGCGUGAUCUGAAUCUCUCAGAUGAGGAUGGCAUGACACCCACUCUCCUGGCAGCCUACCACGGCAACCUCGAGGCCCUAGAAAUAAUCUGCAGUAGAGGUGGAGACCCUGAUAAGUGUGACAUCUGGGGGAACACUCCUCUACAUUAUGCAGCCUCCAAUGGCCACACUCACUGCAUCUCAUUUCUAGUCAACUUUGGUGCCAACAUCUUUGCCCUGGAUAAUGACUUGAAGUCCCCGCUGGAUGCUGCUGCUAGCAGGGAGCAGAAAGAAUGUGUUGCUCUCUUGGACAAGGCUGCCACUGUGCAGAACACCAUGAACCCCAAAAGGGUCACCAGACUGAAGGAACAGGCUCUGAAGAAUGCCAAGAGGCAGAUGAAAGAGUGCGAACGGCUUCAGGAGAGGCACCAAAACAAGAUGGCGCGCACCUAUAGCAAGGAGGACUCUGGGACGCUUUCCUCUUCCCAUAGUACCUUCUCUAGGUCGUUUCUUUCAAACACUUCUGCUGGUGGAUUUGGAUCACUGUCUAAAGGCAUUAAAGAUACCUUCAAGAUAAAAUCUAAGAAGAAUAAAGAUACAGCAGAACAGCUAGGGAAGGAUGGCAGAAGUGGGCAGAGGCCUGUGAUGGAAGUGUUCAGAGAGGAGGAAGAAGACUCAUUUGCAAAGGACCUCAAAGAGAAGCUCCAUUUCUCAGUAGGAGAAGAUGAUGAUGUACAACACGAGUCUAUUCUCAACCGUCCUGGUCUAGGAAGUAUUGUUUUUAGUAGAAACAGAGUUCUGGACCCUCUUGACAUCUCAUACAGCAAGAGGGAGUUGUGGUUUAACAUGCCCAGUGGGCUGUUCCAAAGACAGGGAGCAGCAGAAACAGAUGAAGAAGAGGAUGAUGAUGAUGAGGAGGAGGAGGAGGAGAGAGAGGCAAACGGCAUUACAGACUAUCUUUCUUGGGAUGAAGAAGGAGUAGUAUGGGAGGAAGAUGUAGUUGAUGCUACUCCAUUGGAAGUGUUCUUGCAGUCUCAGCACCUGGAGGAAUUCCUUCCCAUUUUUUUGAGAGAACAGAUUGAUCUAGAGGCUCUACUGCUGUGCUCUGAUGAGGACCUUCAGAAUAUCCACAUGCAGCUGGGCCCCAGGAAGAAAGUCCUUAGUGCCAUAGACAAAAGGAAGCAGGUGCUCCAACAGCCUGGGCAGUUGGUUGACACCAGCCUCUGAUGGAGGGCAUUGGUGAACAGGGUAGCCUGAGCCUGGGGUUCAUGCUGAGUUCCCCUGGAACUACCCCAGGAUGAGCCCUGUGCCUGGUCUCUGUCUAAUGACAAACCACUGGGUGUAGGUGUUAGGGUUUAGAGAGGACACUCCAAAUCAGAGGCUCAAACUUUGUAUCCAAGUAAACCAUCAACGAGAAAAGACCUUGAGAGACCUUGGAAUGAGAAAAUGAUGUUUCGCCCUAACCCCUAAGUGAAUGGUUUUGGAGAUAGUAUUUUAAAGAUGUGGUUAAGGUUGAAUGAGGUUAUAAGGGCAGGCUUGUAAUCCAUAUGACUUAAACGACAAGGAAAACUGUGAAGGGUUUGUUCACACUUGGAGAAGGAGGAGAGCAGGAAGGCAGCAGCCAACAAGCCAAGGAGAGAAGAACUGAGAAAUUGAACCUGGCAACAGUUUGGGCUUUCAGCCUACUGAGAUGUGAACAAUAAAUGUUGUUUGAGCCACUCUGUCUGCAGUGUUCUGUUAUGGAGGCCUAGGCUGACAAGCAUAGUGUGUAAACAAGAGGAUAGUGAAGAGAGCAAGGAGGAUUCAGAAAAACAAUGCCCGUUCCAUCUCACAAGUUCUCUAAGGGUUAAGUGUCUUCUGAGGUGCAAAACAGGAGGGUAAGGUAUAGUUUUAGGAAGGUUGAUGGUGAAAAUAUAUUUUGCACGUCCAUGUUUGCUAUGCAUACCCUCACUUCAUUAGUGUGUAUCCACAGGACUGCUGCCUGGACAAGUGCUUGUUAUAAUCUAGAUCUUAGAUGUGGCCCAAAGACCCAUAUGUUAAUGCCUUGGUCAUCUGCCUGUGGAGCUAUUGGGAGAAAGUGGAUAUCUAUUCACCAGGCAGAGCUUAUUAGAAGGAAGUUAGGCCAUCAAAGCAUGCCCUUGAAGGGGGUAUUGGAAUUCCAAAUACCCCGUUCUUUGCUUUCUAGGCAAUUUUUACAGGUUUCCUCUGCCACAGGCUUCUAAUGAAUCACCUUACCACAGGUCCCAAAGCACUAAGACCAGGGUCAUGGAGUGAGUGACAAGUUAAAACAAACCUAUCUUUCUUAAUUAUGAACACAUGUUUAUUCCCUUCAGAUAGGCACUGAUGACAGAACAAAGGAACAAUUCUAUCCAAGUUGAGCUCAAAACCAUGAAGGUUUUGGAGUUACUUAACAGGAGGGUGGGCAAUUCAAAGGUAUUAGCACAAAUGGUGCCUCCUGGGGGCUCCCUGCCUAAGCUGCUCUUUGCUGCUUUCACAAUGCUUGGGGCAGGGGGAGGGCUUGUGAUCUCUUAAGUUGUAUCCGCUUCACAAGCCUGGUGAAUUCUCUAUAGCCUCUGGAGUAUUCUGAGUCUCCUUCCUCUCACCAAUAGGCAAUGCUUCAAUUCAGAGGAAAGAGUGACAUAAUAGUUAUGUUACACACACACACACACACACACACACACGCACACACACACGUAAUUGUGUAUA